UGUUAGAAAAGUACAUUGCGUUGCAUUUGCAAAUAUAAAUUUUACACGGUGCGAUUUCAAUACGGAGUACUCGUACUAUUUUACGCCUGAAACUUCAUUCGGUCUGUUAAAAAAGCUCCGCCACUUCCCUGCCGCCAUCUUCGCCGCCGCUAAUCUGGUUUGGAAGUUUCACUAAGCAGUUGAGUACUCGCAAGAUGGCUGGGAUUUCAAGAUUCAGUGCGCUUGCACCCAAAACUAAGAAUGUGAUUGUCGCUGGGGGUCUGACAUCAUUUGUUUUCGGAGUGUACUUUUACACCAUGCGAGCUGUGGGGGGUACUGAUGAAGUUCAGGUAGCCAUUGACAAGUUCGAAGACAACAAACGCCAAGAUGAGGCCAAAGCAAACUAGGAUUUCAACCCGGUCGUGCUUUUAGGCUUUGGAAUAAAGCAAUGUCAACAAUUUUGUCCUGCAAACCUUGAGUUGCUACAUUAAACCGUUUGUUUUGUACCUCAUCUACAGCUGAAUCCCGAAAGGCAAUGUCAAUGAUGUAUGUUCAGCAGUCCUACAGUUAUGUGAUGUCGAAGACUUUAUUUAGACAUUGUAUAGUUUACAUAAAGCAACUUUGUUGGUCUUUUAAAAAAAAAAAUUGAAUGUUUAUAGCAUGAGUUUCAGCUGGAUUUCAAAAUAAGGUUUAUUGAUCAUGUGAAGUUUAUGUACCAAAGACUGAACAAUGUUCAAAAGAACUCAAAAGUUGUAAUCCUGCAAGAUUAACCAAAUUCUUGUUGCACAUUUUGCAGCAUGUCUUA